CGGUCACUGCAGCUUCAGUUUAGCUCGAGCCGUAAGGAAAUCGCAGCAGCGUAUCGUCAGCGUGUCCAGUGAGAGCAGCGUACAUUCCUCAAAUUAAAAUCAACAGCAUGGCCAAUCCGAAUGCAACGCCCAAGCAUACAAAACUCUUUAUAAACAAUGAGUUUGUUGACGCCAAGUCUGGUAAGACAUUUUCCACUAUAAAUCCGGCCACUGGCAAGGAGAUAGUUCAAGUGGCCGAGGGUGAUAAGGCCGACGUGGACUUGGCUGUGGCUGCUGCCAAGAAGGCAUUCCAUCGCAAUUCUGCGUGGAGAAAGAUGAGUCCCCUGCAACGCACAAACCUGAUGAAUAAGCUCUGCGAACUAAUGGAGCGAGAUAGAGAAUUUUUGGCCAGCAUCGAGACCCAGGAUAAUGGCAAGCCCUACGCGGAGGCGCUUUUCGAUGUAACCAUCUCCAUCAUGACUCUGCAAUACUAUGCAGGCUGGACGGACAAAUUCUUUGGCGAUACCAUUCCCGCUGGCGGCUUCAUUUCUAUGACGCGAAAGGAGCCCGUAGGCGUUGUCGGCCAGAUUAUACCCUGGAAUUAUCCACUGCUCAUGCUGGCCUGGAAGUGGGGACCCGCUCUGGCCGUGGGCUGCACAAUUAUUAUGAAGCCGGCAGAGCAGACGCCACUGACUGCCCUCCACAUGGCUGCAUUGGCCAAGGAGGCCGGUUUCCCCGCUGGUGUUAUCAAUGUAAUUAAUGGGUUCGGUCCAACUGCAGGUGCAGCCAUAAGCGAACAUCCCGAUAUUGCCAAGGUGGCUUUCACGGGCUCCGUGGACAUUGGUCGCAUUAUCAUGCAGGCUGCUGCCAAGUCAAAUUUGAAGCGGGUAUCUUUGGAACUGGGCGGCAAGAGCCCUGUAGUGGUGUUUGAAGAUGCGGACAUUGACUAUGCCGUUGAGACGACACACGAAGCACUCUUUUCCAACCAUGGCCAGAGUUGUUGCGCCGGAAGUCGGACAUAUGUGCAUGAGAAGAUCUAUGACAAGUUUGUCGAGAAGGCUGCUGCCAAGGCCAAGGCACGUAAGGUGGGCAACCCAUUCGACGAUGGUGUUCUGCAAGGUCCGCAAAUCGAUGGGGAGAUGAUGACCAAGGUGCUCGGCUACAUCGAAAGCGGCCAGCAACAGGGUGCCAAGCUGCAAGCUGGAGGCAAACGCAUUGGGGAUGUCGGAUUCUUCAUUGAGCCGACUGUGUUCUCAGACGUCAAGGAUGACAUGCGCAUUGCUCAGGAGGAGAUCUUUGGCCCUGUCCAAUCGAUCUUUAAAUUUAGCAGCAUUGACGAAAUGAUUGAUCGCGCCAACAACGUGCAGUAUGGUCUCGCUGCCGGCGUCAUCACCAACGACAUCAACAAGGCCAUGAAGUUUGCCAAUAAUGUCGAUGCUGGGUCCGUCUGGAUCAACUGCUAUGAUGCGGUUCUGCCUCAGACACCCUUCGGGGGCUACAAGCACUCUGGCAUUGGCCGUGAACUCGGCAAAGAUGGUCUGGACAACUACCUAGAAACAAAGACCAUUACUAUGAAACUACUUUAAGCUCCUUCUUAUCAUGAUGUCAUAUCGACGCUCUUCUCAUUUCUAUAUGUGUUAUAUAUAUACACGUCGGUUUUUCUGGUUAAGUUCAUGUAUUAAAUGAAAUUCUUAAGUCGAUCCUAAAUAUAAUUUGUUGUAUCGAG